GCUGCAGCCCGGAGGCGAGCCGUCGGAGCGGGAGCCGCCCGGCCCGCGCUGCCGCUCGCAGCGGGCCAAGGAGAAGCAGCAGCAUGGCCAGUGUGCUGUCCCGGCGCCUUGGCAAGCGGUCCCUCCUGGGAGCCCGGGUGUUGGGACCCAGUGCGUCCGAUGGGCCAUCCGGGGUAGGCCCACCCUUGGAGCCACAGGUGGAGCUCCUGGAGGGGGCUGCCCCCCAGCCCUUCCUCGCCAUUAAGGAACCGGCCUGCCUGGAGCAACCCAAGGAAGUCCUCAAGGCUCCCUGCACGUCAGGCGUCCAGCAGGUGGUCUUUCAGCCGGGCCAGAAGGUGUUUGUGUGGUAUGGGGGUCAGGAGUGCGCAGCACUGGUGGAGCAGCACAGCUGGGCAGAGGACAAGGUAACCGUCUGGCUGCUGGACCAGAGGUCACAGAUCUGCUGCAAAGCGGAAGAAGUGUGGCUGGCAGAGCUACAGGGCCCCCUGCCCCAGGCGCCGCCCUUGGAGCACCGUGCCCAGGCUCCAGCCUACAGGCCCGUCUCCAGGAACAUUGACGUCCCCAAGAGGAAGUCGGACGCCGUGGAAAUGGAUGAGAUGAUGGCGGCCAUGGUGCUGACGUCCCUGUCCUGUAGCCCGGUCGUGCAGAGUCCUCCCGGGGCCGAGGCCAACUUUGCUGUGUCCCGUGCAGCCUGCGACCCCUGGAAGGAAAGCGGCGACGUGUCGGACAGCGGCAGCAGCACCACCAGUGGGCACUGGAGCGGGAGCAGCGGCAUCUCGACCCCCUCGCCCCCCCACCCUCAGGCCAGCCCCAAGUAUCUGGGAGAUGCCUUUGGUUCUCCCCAAACUGAUCAUGGUUUUGAGACAGAGCCCGACCCUUUCCUGUUGGAUGAACCAGCUCCACGCAAAAGAAAGAACUCCGUGAAGGUCAUGUACAAGUGCCUGUGGCCCAACUGUGGCAAAGUUCUGCGCUCGAUUGUGGGCAUCAAGCGACACGUCAAAGCCCUCCACCUGGGGGACACUGUGGACUCAGACCAGUUCAAGAGGGAGGAAGAUUUCUACUACACAGAGGUGCAGGUGAAGGAAGACUCUGCUGCUGCAGCAGCUGGCGCCCCCGCCCCCAGCACUGCCACUGCCGAGCCGGCUCCCACGCCCACCGUGACCAGCUCACCCCUUGCCGUUCUUCCGCCACCUCCGCCCAAAGCCCAGUCCUGCGGCCCGGACCACGCUGGCCUGGAGUCUUCCCUGCCCUCAGGUGCACUCAGCAAGUCGGCCCCGGGCUCCUUCUGGCACAUUCAGGCUGACCAUGCCUACCAGGCCCUGCCAUCGUUUCAGAUCCCGGUCUCCCCACACAUCUACACCAGUAUCAGCUGGGCUGCAGCCCCCUCCACCACUUCCUCCUUCUCUCCGGUCCGGAGCCGGUCGCUCAGCUUCAGUGAGCCGCAGCAGCCACCGCCCGCGGCGAAAUCCCACCUGAUUGUCACUUCUCCACCCCGGGCCCAGAGCAGCACCAGGAAAGCCCGCGGGGAGGCCAAGAAGUGCCGUAAGGUGUACGGCAUCGAGCACCGGGACCAGUGGUGCACGGCCUGCCGGUGGAAGAAGGCCUGCCAGCGCUUCCUGGACUGAGCCCGGCCCGGCCCGGCCCCGCUGCCCCGCCGUGAGAGGCGCCCCCUGUUGUGAACCCAAAGCAGCGACCUGCAAGAGGGAGAGCAAAUGUGGAGUUUGGGCUCUUUUGGCUAAGCCGUAACGCUUUAAAACACUGUCUCCCCGCUGGGGGAACAUUUUAUUUUUUAAAAAAAAGAAAUGAAAAUAUUUUUUUCCCUCAAGUAGGAGAGAGCCAAAACUGACCAAGGGUGUUGUACAGCAGAUCAGAGACCAAAGAACUCACUGCCCUCCUGUCCCCCGUCCCCUGCCUCCAGGGGGCGCCUAUGUGUCCCAGAGGAGACAGCGGCUCUUGUUUCCUGCUCGGUGGCGUGCAUUCUUGGCUUUCUCAACUCUUCCAGAAAGGCCUGUGAGCGAGAAGAACUUAACUUCCCUUAGACAGAAACACAGCGCUGGCGGCUGGUGGACAGCUCCGGGAGCAGGCCGGCCGGGGUCCUCCCCAGGUGGGGAGAGUGGGCGGCCGCCGAGGUGGGGGAAGGAAGACCCUGUCUUGGGGACAGCUGUUCGAAUCUGGGUGCCCUCCGAUGCUCAGCCACAUCCCAGCAUUGUCAGCCCAGACUAAGAAGUUUUUGUAGACCGGCCCCAAAUCCCUGAGCCAAAAGGCUAGGAAGUGUUCACCUGUUGAGAUGGGGCCGGUGACCCUUCCCUUUGCUGUGAGGAGCUCCCAGGGGGUCUUCGGGUUGGCAGAAACUGUUCUUCCCCGAGUCCGCUCCCUCCAGAAGCCUCGGGGCUUCCCCAUCAUGGAAACACUUUGUGUGCAGGAGCCUAUGCUGAUCUAGCUCCCUUUAUGUAGGUGGCCCUCAGAGACCCCAGUGGGUUCCUGUGUGUCUCCUGGCUUCACCAUGGACCCCCCACUUCCGUCUUUGGCCGGAAGGCAGGAAGGGGAGGGUUAGAGAGCCCAGGUGGGGGUGAGAUUCAGGCUGCAGAGAUCACACCAGGGCUGGAGUAGCAGCUCCUGGGCUUUGGCCCUUUGAGUUUCUGGGCACCGCGGGGCUACCGGGCAGCCUUGAGGUCAAUAAGCAAGGCUAUUCUUGUUGAGGAGGAGGGGGUUUAGGGAGUUUGGUGUCAGGCCAGCUCACGGUGCCAGGGCCCGAGAGCAGCACGCGGGUCUGUUUUGGAGCCAACGCAUUUGUCCUAAGUGGGACUUGUUUGGGGAUUCCCCAGGCUGCUUGCGUGUGCUGUCUUGGGCGUGUGUCCUGGAUCGACAUCCCAGAUGUUAGGGCUCAGGGGAUCCCCUGGGCCACCUCUCCGGAGGCUGAGGGGCAGCAUCCGCCCUGUGACGGUCCUCCAAGCUGUUGUCUUGGUCCCGGGUAGAAACACCUGGCCGCUGAGACACCAGUGGUGGCUGCAUGGGAGACUAUACAAGGGCACUUCAAGAAGGUCAUGGAAAAUGGAGGUUAAACCAAUAACUUGAAUUUUCCAGAAUAUUCUUGGAGCCCCAUUUCAGUGCAAGACACAGAGACUGUCACAAAACCUGCGAGCCUGGUGUUUGAUGGCUGUCGUGGCCGGGGCUGCUAACACGAGGCACACUCUUACACCUGGGUGUCUUUGGUGGGAAUGGGGUAUAUUUUUAUGAACUGGUAGGAAAAAAAAAUCCAUGUGGAAUUCGGUCUCUUGGCAAGCUGGUGCCCAGGCCAGCCGGAGGUGCUGUGGGGCUCGUCCUGGUGCCUCUGCAACCUCACUGGGAGCAGGGAGCUAGCUGUGGUCGUGGCUUGGCUUGGCUUGCCUCUCCCUUUCUUCGUCACCACCCUUCAGAUCCUCCCGGUGGGGGAGGGCAGGGGACCCCCUCAGCUUGUGGGGACUCAGCCCAGGAGGGUCCACCCACCCCUUCCUAAUCAGAGCUCUCGCCGAGCCUGUUCUUCAGCCAAGCUGUUUUCCACCCCACGGGGUACUCCGGGCUGAUACAACUGGAUGCAGCAAUGUUCUCUGUGUGACGUGGGCUUCUCCAGCCCUUGCUACCCAGGGCAGAAAGGGAAGAGAGAAAGAAGGAAUGGAUGGGACAGUUUAAAAACUGAGGUGGUUUUGUUUUUACUUCUGUGUUUUUUUUUUUUUUUUUUAAUUUUGGUGCAGCAUCCUUCUCUGCAGUCGCUCUCUGCCUCCUGUGCACCUGCUGGCCGGCUGCCCCGUGCACUUGCCAUGCAUGGGUUCCCAGCGCGUGACCUGCCCUCGGAGUGCUGCAUUUGUGUCUGCUCCUGGAGGGAGGGGUGGCGCGUGCAGGGACCCAGUGCUCCUGCUCCUUUCUCCCUCUCUGCGUCUGUCUGCUUUCCAGGCUGCCGGCCCAGGCAGCAGGGGCUGGUGGGGGGAGGGUGCCAUGGGGGAGCUCUGGAAUCCUAACGGGACUGAUUCACAAAGCAGUUGUCUUGGGAAACUGUGCAAGCAGCGAGGGCCCCCCCAUACUCGGAAUGUUCCCUGGAAAGGCCCUGAGAGUCUGUAGUCAGAACAGCCGGUGAGAGGCCGAGUCUGCACCCACGCCCGCUCAGCGCUGCGAGCCCAGCAAACAACGGCUGUGGCCAGGUGAGGGCUCAAUUCUAUGACUUGGAAAUGGGCUCAAAAAGCCAUUUUGUAAUUUCAGAGGGUGUUUGGAGCGAUGGCCACGCUGUAGUAAAUCUAUGGCUUGACGCCUUGGCUGGCAAUAUUACCUGGGAUGUGGAAAGUCUGACUUGUUGAGAGAAAUCUCUUCUGGUACCCUUUUCUGGUCAUCCAGCUUCUGACUUUACCAGGGGCAAAAAAAGAAAAGGAAAAAAAAAAAAAGCAGAGGGAGACAGAUUCCGCCUGUGAAUUUGUCUUAUUGGCGCCUUUUCCCCCAGCUGUCUUCCAAGUAUUAUUUUUACUGUUAAAAAAAAUUUUUUUUAAAAAUGUGAAAUGUAAUGUUUUUACAGCGACAAUAUGAAAUAUAUUUUAUAAGGAAUAAAAUGGUACAUUGCCUGA